GUUAGUAAGUAGGCUAAAACGAUGCCAACAAACAAACAGUCACUGAGCACGUAUCGCGAGGAGCGCUUGUCGGCCGUGAGAGCGCGCUCGGUUCCUUUGUUCGCGGUGAUGUCGGGACGAUAACAGCUCUACCAAGGAGAACAACAAUGCGGGGUUCACUACCCUCGGCCUCCCCCGACGAGCACAGCUGACAGCGGACCGUGCUAGUGACAACGAGUGGUCGAAGGCCAAUUAGAUUAAGUUGAGAUUAGUGAUAAAGUUAUGGAGUGGUUGAAAGACAUGAUGGGGCGGCGGCAGGCCCAGGGAGAGGCAGGCGACGGUGGGGACGCGCUGGAGACGGCGCAGGAGCGGCGGGAGCGCUGGCGUAGCGUCUACGUGAUCUACUUCACCAUGUUCCAGAUGUCGCUCGGCUUCAGCAUUGUCCUGACGGGGGUCUGGCCCUAUCUCGACAAGUUAGAGCCUGGCGCGAGCAAGGAGGCGCUGGGUCUGGCGGUGGGCGUGAGCCCGCUGGGGCAGCUGGUGGCGUCUCCACUGCUGGGGCUGUGGGCCAACCGCGCCAGUGCGCGCACGCCCGUGCUGGCCAUGUUGCUACUCUUCGUGGUGGCCUCCGCUCUUUACGCCAACCUGCACCUCACACGCCCCUACGCGCACCAGUGGAUGCUGGCCGCCAGGGCGCUGGUGGGAAUCAGUUCUGCUAACGUCGCCGUAGCCCGUUCAUACCUAUCAGCAGCGACACGGGAAAGCGAACGAACGCGCGCAGUAGCCAGCUGUUCCCUCGCUCAAGUGUUGGGCUUCGUGGUGGGGCCCGCGCUGCAGGCGGCCGCGGCGCCGCUCGGGCCCGGCGCGCCCUACCCGCCCGCCAGCGACCAGCCCUUCCAGCUGCGACUCGACAUGUACACCGCGGCGGGAUGGAUCAACGCAUUCCUGGGAACCAUCAACAUCUUGCUCUUCCUGCCCUGUUGUUUCAAGGAACGGAAAAUAGCAGCUAGGGAGGCUAUGCUCGUGCAGGGGAAGGAAACUGAAAAAGAGGCUCUAAAAGCUAUGAAACCCGACUACAUCAGCAGCUGGACGCUUGUGGCAGCGUUCUUCGUGUUGGUGUUCAACUUUGUGCUGCUGGAGACGCUGGCCACCUCGCUGACGAUGGACCAGUUCGGGUGGAGCAAGAAGGAGGCGCUGGAGUACAUGGGCGCGCUCAUGAGCGCCGGAGCUAUCGUUGCAUGCGCUGUUUUUGCGCUCAUCACACCGCUAACGAAGAUAUUUGAAGAAAGAGCGCUGCUCCUGUGGGGCGGGUUCCUGCUGACCGGGCUGGCAUCACUGCUGUGUAUCCCGUGGGGGCCGGGCGGGCCGCCUCUGGCGCCGGCCGGCGCGCUGGAGUCGGGUGGCGGCUGCCCGGCGCGCGCGCAGCCCUGGUGCCUCACCUCGCGCGGUCUCACCCUGCCUCAGUUCUUCCUGGGCUACACCUGCGUGUCUAUCGGCUACCCGCUCGGGGUCACGCUCAUACAGACUAUAUUUUCUAAGGUGUUGGGUCCCCGUCCGCAAGGCGUGUGGAUGGGCGUGCUGACGGGCGCGGGCUGCCUGUCGCGCGCGCUGGGCCCCGUGUUCGUGUCGAGCGUGUACGCGCGGCGCGGGCCCGACGCGACGUUCGGCACCACGGCCGCGCUCACGCUGGCGGCGCUGCUCGCGCUGCGCCUCGUGUACGCCCGCCUCAAGCCGCCCCCGCCGCCCCCCGCACCGCAGGAGAUGCGACCGCUCAACGCGGCGAAUACACAGCCUAAUGCUAACGUGUAACAGGACUUAAGUGAAUGGACUGUGAACAUUGACUAAGUACAAAAACAACUACUCAUAAUCACAAUCAAUUUUAAAAUGUCCAAAACAAAACUUUGCAUAUGCGUGUUCAUGGGCAGAGUUUUUCAAUAAGCAAUACAAUAGAAUUUGGACAUAAUUUCCAUGAAAAAUUAAGAGGGUCUAAAUUUCAAUGAAUUUAUACAAAGCCGCUUGGAUAUUUUUUGAAAGCCUUUUAAUAGACGAUUGUGAGCCUUGUUGUUUGCAGUACGUUAAUGAUUGUAAGAACUAAAAAAUAAGACUGUAUUAGGUAAAGUUUUUUGGAUUUGUAUCAAUCGCUCAACGUUCGUAGUAUAAGUAUUAUUCUUAGUACAAGUGAUAAACUGUAACGAACUGAUUUUAUGUGUAAAUAUAAUGUAAAUAAGAUUUAUAAAGCUCCAUUUUCGGGAAAGAAAUAAUAUUUGUAGAUAUAACUAUAAAUGGUCAAUUUAAAUCCGAAUGCAAUAAAACCACAGCAAAACAUUGUUUAUCAACUUCACGACGCGUGUAUGCAAUAUUUAAGAUUUCCAAUUUAUAAAAUUUAAGAAGAUUCAGUUAGAGUAAAACUUGACAAUUUUAUUAUUAUAGAUAUUUAGUGAUAUUCAAUGCUAGCAUUAGAAUUAGUUAUCGAUAUGCAGUGUUCUCCCAUAUAUCUUAAGACUGAGCACAUAAUAAAUAGUAUCGAGAUUGUAGAGAAAUCGAAUUUUUACUAUUAUGUAUUUAAAAAAUAUAUUAUUUUUCUACGCGAUAUUUUUGGAAUACUGUAAAUAUUUUGAUAUGCAAAUUAUAAAACCUGAGUCUAUGAUGUUAUCUCAGAAACUAUAAUUGAAUAAUUGAUUGAAAUUUUAUCUUUAUAGGUAUUCAGGCUUUAUCUUAAUGUUAAUUUCAUUACACCAUGGUUAAUGAAUGAUUUUAUUGGUGAUAGUAUUUUAUUUUUUAUUUCAUAUCUUUAUAUAUUUUAUGAUUUGAUUGAUUUACAAAAUUAUUGGAAAUAUUUAAAGAUAAUAGUUAUUAUCUUUACAAGUUCAUCAAUCUUUACAACUUUACUAAAACUAAAAUUGAAUAUCAUUAAACAAUUGAAAUAGUUUAGAUAACAAAUUGAAAGAUGUAGAACCUCUUUGUUUGUGAUGAUUUUUUUCUUUUAAGAUAGGUAUUAUGUUUUGUCGCUUUUCUAUUACUUCUUCACGUCAUUCUUACGUCAUUAUUAUCAUCAUCAUCAUCAUCGAUGAUAAUAUUUGUUGUAGAUGUAACUUUUUUAUUCCAUUCGUUAGUGUUUUAAUGAUU